AUGUCACAAUGCGGUGGCCUCUCCCACGAGACUGCACACUACCAGACAGCGCUCUACCAGACUGCACUCUACCAGACUGCACACUGCCAGACUGCACUCGCUGCCGUUUCUGCCUCGUCUAUCUGCACCUCCUCCUCGACUGUAGUGCACCACGCUGACAUGACUGCCCUCAAAAGAACCUCGCCCACCCUCAGUCCCUCCUUCCCUUCCAAGAAGUCUGAAGAUAGAUUCGCGCACUACAGCCGCUGGCCCAGCACCACUCGCGCCCACCCUCUCCGCACCGCCUCGUCCCCACAGCUCCCAAGCAUGCCGACAACGACAUCGAGAACAUACAUGCCCAUGCCCUCGUUCGGCGCCGUCUUUGGAGGAGAGCCCCACAGUAUUGGACACGCCCACCCAUCAGACCGCGACGCAAGUACCGUACAUGGCAGCCAUGUAGCACAACGCACCUCGAGCGGGAACACAAUACACGGCGCUCCCUUCUCCUCCUUCCACAACCACCACGACUCUCGCGACUCCAACUCGACCGCAUCCUCGGAUAAUUCGCCCACCACCACAAUAUCCACCAUGGACUCCUCCUCCGUGACCGAUCCUUCGCCAGGGCCCUCGCCAGAGUCACCAAUGCCCAAGAUCACGAACCACUCCUUCGCAGCCGACUUCCGAGCACGAAGACCUGAGACAUCUGAUGGUGUGUCGUCAGGGAGCAACUUCUUCGAACUACAACGGCCGACGACGCCAGCAAAGAAGGCACGAAACCUCAAGAACCUCGGGAUCAACACCACCCCCUCGCUCACCAACCUCCGUGCCCAGGCGCCAGCCGCCCCAGCAGCUCUAGCCGACAAGGAGAAGAACAGCUCUGCGCCCCCGUCGCCCCUCUUCAUCAAGCCACCAACACCACCGCGGAGACGGCCAUCGAACUUGAGCUUGACAAUAGCAACUCCAGGAAUCAACGACAACAAGCCCACGAGACUCGUCAUUCCUUCUACACCGUCCCUCAGCCGGCCAGCGUUACGCCACUUCCAGUCAUCGCCCUCCCUGGCGUUAUGUUCGCCGAGCGUCGCCCCAGCUGGUGGAAUGAAGUUUCCUGCUUUGCGCCCAAUCGCGACUAAGAGCAGUGGGUUGUCAGAAGUGCCGUUCGAGAUGGAAGAAGAAGAGGAGGAGCCUAAUUUCGACAUCCCGCAAUCAAAAGAAGAGAAGCCUGCCGCAUACCCCAACGGACCCAUCUGUAUAUACCCCGCUGGAGUCUACCUCUACUUCGAACCGACCGCCGAGCAAGCUGCUUCGUUCGAUGUGAUCGUCAACGUUGCUAGCGAGGUGCAGAAUCCGUUUACAUGUCAGCCCUCGGAGUCGCAAAAGGAUCUCAACGCAAGGAGAGUGGAUGGGCCGGCCGCAGAGAAUGUCGAUUUCGCUGCACUAUCGCAACAACCAAAAUCCACCUUUGGUUUUGGCAGUGACUCGCCAACCACACCCAAGGCUACAGCGCCGGUUCUGCAAACAAUACAGCCUGGUGAGACUGUAAUCAAUGGCAAGACCUACCGCACGCCGGAGUACAUCCACAUGCCCUGGGAGCACAACACCGAUAUCGUUUUGGACUUGUACAAGCUCGUCAAGAUCAUGGACGACCGAGUCAAGCAGGGCAAGCGUGUUCUUGUACAUUGCCAGUGUGGUGUCAGUCGUUCUGCCAGCUUGGUAGUUGCCUACGGCUUGUACAAAGAGCCUGAGGUCAGCGUACAGGAAGCAUACGACAAGGCCAAGAAGCGAAGCAAGUGGAUUGGGCCUAAUAUGAACCUCAUCAUGCAGCUUCAGGAAUUCCGCAAUGGCCUUCUCAGACAGAACCAGAACAGCCGCACGCAGAACCAGGGUUUUGGGAGAAGAGUGGGGUUUUCUUCCGCAUCGGCUACGAACAACAGAUUCUCUUGCCCCAACCCCGAGAGGGAGGAUGCCUCCGGAUCGCGUACGCCUCAGACAGCCCCGUUGCCCCCAGAUUCCGAUAUCACCAUGCAGCGAGCCAGUACGGGCAACAUGAUGGCCAUUUCUCCCGGGCCAUUGUCCGCUCCCAGUGACGCAUUUGCUGCACGAUUCCGUAACUCUUGGGACUCGACUCAAGUGAACCUUGACCUAUCCUCCAACUCUACACCAACCACCGCUCCUUUUGUCGAUCCUAAGGGACAUGUCGUACCUGUCGUCGAAGUCAAGGUCAAUGGUUCUUCUCUGGCACCAACGGCUAUCCCCGCCGUUCCUGAAGUUGUGCAGCCUGCCCCAGAGCCGGUCUCGCAAGCACCAUCGGUUCCGAACUUUUCGCGUCAACUCUCGUUGCGGUCGUACUCAGACACCCCUGUGGAGCGGUCGAUUGAGACGAAGAGCACCCACUUGGCACCAAUGAAGCCGAUGGGCUUCGCACCACUCAAGUCGCCUUCUGCGCUGACAUUCAACGUUCCUCUGUACAGCACGCAACAGGACCAGGAUGAUGACUAUGAGAUCAGGUCCCCAGUGAAAACGUCGUUCGAUCUUCCAUGGCCUUCAGAGUACGAUGAGCCAGCGCCUUCGUUAUCGGAAUCAAGUCAACCGGCGCAGUUGGAGACGCUCGUCAGUACCGACAACACAUCUGCUCAGGAGCGGUCCUCCGAUUUCGCCUCUCCAACAUUCGGCUCGUUUCCCAAGGCUGCAUUUGGUCCCAGCAGUGUACCAGAGUCAGAGUUGAAGUCUCCCAGAGCUGCAGAGUUCCACAUGGCCCCGCUCAGGCCUAGGACUACUGAUGAGGAUCCAUACGGUCUGACAUCACCUACGAGGAGAGACUUUUCUUCUGGCAACCCAUUUGCAAGUUCUCAAAACUCUCAAAACUCUCAAAACUCAGGGAGCGACGACCGACGUCCGGCAUUCCAAGCCAUUCUUCCACCUGCGCAUCAAACUUUCAACGGCUUUGCUUCGCUCGAUAGUCAUGCACGCACUCCAUCAACGCACACGUUGGAGCAAGUCCCAGCAUCGAUACAAGCACCUCCGUCGAGAUGCAAGCUUACCAUCGAAUCCCGCAUCGACAGCUUGAGCACAUCACCAGAGACUAAUGUUAUCGCCUCGACACCGACGCAGGCAACUAGCCAGGUCUUACUGCCAUCAAGGCCGGAGACGCCGCGAACCAAAGAGUUCCUUGCGACGCCUGCAAAAGCGAUCCGCACACGAUUCUCGUCGCCAAACAUUAAAGAGCAGAGACAGUUGUCAAAGCUUCAGUCCGAGAUGGAGUCCAAGCUGGACCCUCAGCAAGCCAUGGAUGACCUGGAUGCACUGAUGUCGCCGCGUGCAGAAGAAUUCACAAGGAAUCCUUUCCACCUCGACUUAAGCCCUUCGGCCGAGGACGUUAGUCCAGCCUCAUCAGACGAGACGAUCAAAGACGGACAAAACGGUCACACCUGGAGCGAGCCACCAAGGCAAUGGACGCCUGAGAAACUCACAGUUGAUCCUCGAAGUCCAGCGCAACUAGGCAGCAGUCCCAUCGUACGAAACAUCUGGGACGUGCUAUGA